AUGCCGUUCGGAAUCAACCCCUUCCACAAAAAUGAGCAUCAAGAUUUAUCCGGAGUCGUCGUGCCCCUCUCUAAUGUGCCGGCGCCCUUACAUCCCGCGCUAGAAAAGAGAGUACCCGCCGAUGAGAAGACUGGCGGUAACAGCCAACAUGGCCAUCUAACCCUAGAAACUCUGCGUGUCGAGGUGGAGUCGGAUAUUGCUGCCUCUGGCCACGAUAGUGCCUAUGACCGCAAAGCGAAGGUGAUCAACAGAGCGAUUCAGGAUAUCGGCAUGGGCCGUUACCAGUGGGAGCUGUUUGCUCUCUGCGGAUUCGGCUGGUUAGCAGACAAUCUAUGGCUGCAGGGUGUGGCGCUCACAUUGCCCCAACUGUCGCUCGAAUUUGGGGUCUCGGAUUCCCAGGUUCGUUUCACCACCUGUGCCUUGUUCUUGGGCCUUUGCAUCGGGGCCUCAUUCUGGGGGAUUGCUUCCGAUAUCAUCGGCCGUCGUCCAGCGUUCAACUUGACUCUAUUCAUCUGCGGUGUAUUUGGCCUGGCCGCUGGCGGUAGCCCUAAUUGGAUCGGUACUUGUGCAUUGUAUGCCUGUCUGGGUCUUGGAGUCGGUGGAAACCUCCCCGUGGAUGGAGCUCUCUUCCUCGAGUUUCUGCCUUUUGCGUCGGGAAGCCUCUUGACCAUGCUUUCUGUAUGGUGGCCAGUGGGUAAUCUGAUUGCUAGUUUGUUGGCAUGGGCCUUCAUCCCCAACUACACCUGCGCAUCAUCCGAGGGACCAUGCACGAGAGAACAAAACAUGGGCUGGAGAUAUCUCGUGCUCACGCUCGGCGCGCUGACCCUUGCCAUGUUCAUCUGCCGAUUCUUCCUCUUCCAUCUGUACGAAUCGCCCAAGUUCCUGCUUUCCCGCGGACGCCAGGACGAAGCCAUCGCCGCGGUCUACGGGAUCGCCUGCAAGAACAAGACCCAGACGUGGCUCACGGCGGAAAUCCUGAACGAAAUCGGCGGGUAUCCCGAGGAAUCCCACGAUCAUCAUCAUCAUCAUCAACCGCUGAACGCCACGGAAAGAGUGUCGAGACACCUCGCCAAGUUCUCUCUGGAGCGCGUGCGGCCUCUCUUCGCAACCAAGAAGCUCGCUCUCACCACAACGAUCCUCUGGUUCUGCUGGACCACCAUCGGAAUGGGCUACCCCCUCUUCAACGCCUUCCUCCCCCAGUACCUCAAGAACGCCGGCGGCUCAACCUCGCCGCAGCAGCCCGCCUCAACCGUGUACCGCAACUACGCCAUCGCCGCGGCCGUCGGCGUCCCGGGCCCCCUGCUCGCCCGCUACACCGUCGACCUCAACCGGCCCCUCGGCGGCCGCAAGGGCACCCUGGCCCUCGCGACCCUGGCCACCGGCGUGCUGCUCUUCGGCUUCACGGCCGCCUCCCCGGCGGACCCCCGCGUCCAGCUGCUCUGCACCUGUCUCGAGGCCUUCUUCCAGAACGUCAUGUACGGCGUCCUCUACGCUUAUACCCCGGAGGUCUUCCCCGCCCCGAACCGCGGCACGGGCACCGGGAUCGCGGGGUGUUUGAAUCGCAUCGCGGGGCUGUGUGCGCCGAUUGUCGCGGUCUACAGUAGUGGUGGUGGUGGUGGUGGUAACCCCGAUGCCCCGAUCUAUGCCUCUGGCGGCUUGAUCCUGGCGGCGUUUCUUGCCAUGUGUUUGCUUCCGAUUGAGACGAGGGGGAAGCAAACUUUGUAGUUAUUUGGGGGAUGGAACUCUCUUCUUUUUUUUUUUUUUUUUUUU